UUCUCGACGUCGGCGCCCGCCGGCGAGAAGCGGCACCGGCGCACGGCGCGCCUGCGCAAGCGCCGCAACGAGGAUGCGCAGGAGCUCAAGGCACGCCUGCUCGAGGCCACGCGCCCCGACCCCGUGCGCGGGCACCAGAUGAACGACGGCGGGCGCGCCGCGUGGCAGCGCUGCGAGCUGGCACAGGUCGUGCUGCAGAAGGACGCCGUGUGGGGCGUCAAGGAGGACCGGCGCGGCAACCUCGUCGCCGUGCCCAGCACGCACGCCGACGACGCCGCGGCCGCCGAGGUGGCACAGAGGCUCGGCGGGCCGCUGCGCCUCAACUUCGGCCUCGGCGCCAAGGACCGCGAGCUGCUCUUCCGCGACCUGCCCGCCGUGCAGGUCGAGGACAGCAUCUUCCACGACUACUUCCGCAGCGCCGCGCCCGACAUGGCCGCCGCCGCGGCGCAGGUGCCGGCGCUCGAGGCGCGCGAAGAGGCCAGUGCCGAGACGCUCAAGCGCAUCCUCGACCUGCGCAACGCCAGCGGCCGCGGCAUCCAGGCAGAGAACAUCCGCCGCAUCGUCGGCCACUUUGGCAAGCGCGUCGGCGCGCCGCCAGACACGGGCAGUCCCGAGGUGCAGGCUGCCGUGCUCACCUACCGCAUCCACAACAUGGCCGACCACCUGGCGGACAACCACCGGCACGACCACUCGAACCGGCGCGCGCUGGCGCUGCUCGUGUACCAGCGCGCGCGCAUGCUCAAGUACCUCAAGCGCCAGAGCGCGCAGCGCUACGCGAGCCUGCUGGCGCGCAUCGGCGUCGAGGCGCGCGCCGUCGAGGGCGAGCUGAUGCUCGGCGGCAUGCCGAAGCAGCGGAGG